GCUGAGGAUUCAAACUGUCCUUUCUCCAGGGAGAAGACUGAAGGAACUCUUCAUCUGCCUCUUCUGAGGCUCUGCUUCAAGGGGAGCAAGAGCCCUUCACUGAAAUCCUCCCACCAUGCUGGGGCUGCUGCUGCUGCAGGUGUUGGCGAGCUGCCCCUGGCUGGGACACAGCGAGGUGGUGACAUCCUUUGAAGAUUGUUCUCAAUAUUUCUAUGAAGCGACCACCCCAAAUGAUAUCCUGCGUCCUUCGAAUGCUGCCUGGAUCUGUCAGCGCUACAGAAACCAGUAUCACUAUGCCACCCUGUAUGACAGAGACGGAAGAAUUCCAGUGUACUCUGCUUAUAUCUACCAGCCUGGACCUGGCAGCAACUCUCCAGUGUGGUUUGUUGAGCCCCAGCUGAUCAACCAAAACUAUGGUAAAGAUAUGGAUACAGAAGAGUCCAUUGAAGAUGAAUAUACCAUUAAUUUAGAGCAAAUUGGCCAGAGUCAGGCUACCAAUGAAGACUACAACAAUCUCCAGAAUCUGGAAAAAUGUCCCUUGGCUCCUAGUGGCCAGAAAACUGGCGACGACAGCAAGUGGGCGACCUUCACCCUCACCAACACAGUGCCCCUGAACAGCGGACUUCAUCAAGUGGGCUGGAGAGAUUAUAUGGAGAAAACGAUGGCCCAGAAAACCCAGGGCUGUGAUACCACCUAUGUCAUCACGGGUGCUGUACCUGGGAACACCAAUAUCCCAAAUGGGAGGGUAAAUGUACCCAAAAACAUCUGGUCAGCUGCCUGCUGCCUGGUGGGCAAUAAUCCCACAAGGGCUUGGGGGGCCAUUGCUUACAGCGAAAGGAACCACGUGGAGCACGUCACCCUGGGGCAGCUGGAGAAUUGGUUGACCAAUCUCUAUAAAGGGAGAAUGGUUACUCUGUUCAACAAUGCCUGUCCCCGGCAAUAAGCCUCAAAUCCUUGAUGGAAAAGGCUCAGCAAAUUUUCCCAUAUGUCACAGAAUCACAGAAUCACUGAAUGGGUUGGUUUUGGUGGGUCCUUAAAGCCUCGAAGAUCAUCUCAUUUUGACCUGCCUGCCAUGGGCAGGGACACCUUCCACUACCCCACGUUGUUCCAAGCCCUCCCCAGCCUGGCCUUCAAUGCUUCCAGGGAUGGGGCAGUCAAAACAGCUCAGGGUAACUUUUGCUCACACCACAGCCUGCUCCCAGGAAUUUACUUCUUUAGAAUAUCCCAUCUAACCCUGCCCUCCAUCAGUGGGAAACCAUUCCCUCUUGUGCUGUCACUCCAUACCCUUGUCCAAAGACCCUCUCCAGCUCUCUUAGACAUCCUGUAGGUACUGCACUCUCUGGAGUCUUCUCCAGGCUGAACAUGCCCAGCUCUCUCAGCCUCUCUCCAGAGCAGACGUGCUCCAGCCCUCAGAGCACCUUCAUGGCCUGCACUGGACUCCACUCCAACAGCUUUGUAUCCUUCUUGUGCUCUGGGCCCCAGAGCUGGAGGCAGCACUGCAGCUGGGCUCUCAGCACAGCACAGCACAGCACAGCAGAGGGGGACAAAUGUCCUGUGCAGCUUCUGUGCUGCUUCCUCCUCUGUAUGUUUCCAGCUCUGUCCCUCAGGGCACCUCCUGCUCUGCCCAAAGGCACAAAGCCGUGGGCAGAGCCUCCAGCUGCUUUGCUUUGCUGCCCAUCUCAGGAGAGAGCUCUCAGGGACGAGUCCUCUCCUCCUUAGCUGUCCCUGACAGUGUGCAGCUGACUUGUCCCUCACCUCCUUAGCAAGGCCAAGGCACCAGGGCACCUCAGGCUGCCCAGACACCUUGUCUGGACAUCUCCAUGUCUGCACAUA